GUAAAAUUACCACGACCAAGUUGUCAAAAUAAUGGUCUGGCAGCCUCUCCCGUCGGUGACCGUGACGAUAUAAACAAAUGGUUUCACCUAUUAUCCAAAACGCAACUGACACCUCAAAAUCGGAUUUACGGCUGGCUUUGUGACUCGUGGUCCCGGCGUGGUUUCUGCACAGAAAUUUCGAGCUCGCGCACUCCGUCUUGCCCACGCAGAAGCUACCAUUGCUCGAACGUGGGUCAAAACGUAACGAAAGUUGAUAAAUUCUGCGCCAUCCGCUGAGAAAAGGAUUUCGUGGAGAUGGAUUAUGAAAGCGAGUUUAUCGAGCUUCCGGGCGAGGCAAAUCCGCUCAGUCGAGACAAUUUAAUUCGCAACCUUGCGCUUGGAGCUGGUCGAUCUGCAGGCACAAAUGACCUCCAGACGGCAACCAAGCAACUUCAAGAAUGGGAAUCCCAAAGCCAGUUCUACGUUCACCUACAGGCUGUGUUCAUGGAUCAGGAUCUGCCCUUUGAGGUUCGUUACCUGGCCAUUCUCCAGCUGCUCAAUGCGGUCAUCAACAAGCAUGCGUGGGGCAGAGCAAGCACUCAAGGUGUCAACGCCUACGAUAAGCAAAGAAUUCGAUCUCAGCUUCUGGUCGCUAGCUACAGAGAGCCUGACGACCGGCUAGCCAGGCAGAAUGCGUUACUGACGGCCAAGAUCGUAAGAUCUGAUUUCCCACGAGAGUGGCCGAAUGUAUUUGAUGACCUAAACGCUACAAUCGGGGGUGGCUUUGAUCACCAAAACCCAAUUCAUCUUCUCCAGAUGAGAAGAGCGCUGGAGUUGCUACAGAUAAUCGUCAAGGAGUUGUCAAAGGCUAGCUUGAAAUUGUCAACGCUACGACAAAAGGCCCCAGAGCUCUUGGAACCCGUCCACCAUAUCUUUCAAUCAUGCUCGGAACGAUUCAUCAACAUCUCGGACGCCAAUUUCAGUAUUGAUGAUACCAAUGCCUUGGGUCUGCUGGUACCAACAGCAGGCAUUAUUCGUCGUAUAUUGGUCAGAGGUUAUCAGUUCCCGCAUCGCGACGAGCUUGCUGUGAGGGUCUUUCAGAAUGUCUCGUUAUUCUGGCUUGCACGUGCCCAACAGCAGCAUCCCGCUGGAAGCGGUGAGACGAGUUCAAGCAUGAAAGCGCUAGAGAAGGUCUUGCUGCAACUCGCAAAAAUGCACCUAGAACUCGCGGAGGACAAUCCUGUCGCUUUUGUUUCCUUUCCUGGUUCCGCUCAGCUACAGUCUACGUACUUCGACCUCAUACGGCGAUUUGCAGAAACAUAUGGCUCCUCAUUCGCCAGUGUGGGUAGGAAACAACGUGAUGGUAGCCUGUCUGACAACCAGCCGUCGCUCGUUGAGAAACUUGUACUACGUGGGAUCUUAUUGCUUCGCGCGACUCUACGAGCCAUGUCUGAUCCAAAUGCCAUAAGAGCAAGGACAGAUGUUGAAAAGGAGCAGAAGGAGCAGGUAGUACGAGUCUUGCACUCUGAGUUCUUCCCACCAACCAUGGUGCAAAAUCUGUUGGAGAUCAUAGUGAGCAAGUACUUUGUUUUCACUGCGAGUGACUUGCAACGAUGGGAAGACGAACCUGACGAGUGGGAAGCUGCCGAAGGUGGCGAUACCGAAGGUUAUAGAUUCUCUGUACGCUUGUCAGCCGAAAAGUUGUUUUUGGACUUGGUGAUGCGCUUCACGGAAGCCAUUGUUCCCAGUAUUAUAUCCCUUGCCCACAUAACAAUGUCGAAUCCGUCAAUUGGAGCGAUACAGAAGGAAUCGGUAUAUACCGCUCUAGGCCUUGCCGCAGACAAAAUCUUUGUGCACUCAGAGAAAAACGAGCCGCGCUAUAACUUUAAUGACUCGCUGCCGCCACUUAUCACAGACCUGCAGAACCGAGAUCCCAGCUACCGGCUCGUAAGAAGGCGAAUUGCCAUACUUAUAGGGAAAUGGGUGCACAUUCAGCUAUCAAAGGAGAACCGGCCCUUGGUCUAUCAAAUUUUUUUGCAUUUGCUUGACAAGAGCGAUGAAUUAAAUGAUCUAGUCGUGCGGGUGACGGCUGGCAGACAGCUGAAGGAGAUCAUUUCAGACUGGGAAUUUGAAGUUCAACCCUUCUUGCACUACGCGCCCGACUUGAUAUCGCGCGUCAUGAAUCUGAUCACCGAGGUCGAACUUCCGGAAACGAAAAUGGCUCUCCUUGAGACGAUCAGCUCGAUUGUGGAGCAGAUGGGUAGGCAUAUUGCACCUUUCGCAGACCAUAUCGUGGCACUUCUUCCCUCACUGUGGGACGAGACUGGAGACGAGACAUUGCGCAAACAAGUCAUUGUCACAUUGCUCGUCAACAUGUUUAGUAGCAUGGGCACAGAAAGCAAACAGUACCAGGAGUUCGCUCUAUUCAUUAUUAACGCCGUACUAAGCCCAGAGUCAAAUCUUGCCGAGUUGGAGAGGAUGGCUCUUUUUGCCGAUGCGCUUGACCUAUGGCGUGCUGUACUAGACAAUAUACCGAACAUGACUGCAUCAGAGCUUCAUCCCGAGCUUCUACGUCUCCUCAAAACAAGUCUAAUCCCAGCCUUGGGAAUGGACUCAGAAGCUCGGCGCGUCGCUCUAGAAAUUGCUUCUUCGUAUUUUCUGCUUAUACCUGCAGAGUUCCUGUCCGAGCAGUCAUUCAUUGUCGAACUUCUCCGCUCGCAAGCACCAGACUUGCGAACGCUCAAACCUGAAGCCAGUGCACAGGUUUUCGAGGUUGUAGAGCAGUUGCUUCGUGCAGCGGAGGAGCUCAACGGUGCACAGGGUGUUCAAACUGUUGCAGAUGCACUCGUUGAGUCUGGAUUCAUGCAAGAGCUCUUUGGAGGAUUAAAGGAAGCGUACGAUGCACACCAAACUACCGGCCCGAAGGCGAUUGUGUCGAAUGUACAAGGACAAGUCGAAACGGACUUCUUCUCGAUACUAGCACGAAUACUUUACACCAGUCCGGAAAUUUUCUUAUCAACAAUUCAAAGCCCCGCGACGGGUCUAGGAGUUGACAUAAAUGCGACUAUGAAUUGGCUGUUGGAAGAGUGGUUCUCUCACACACAGGAGCUGGUCACUGAUCCUCCCCGCCAGAAGCUCAUGACAAUGGCCUUGACGCACCUUUUCACAACUGGCGAGCCCUAUUCGCUGGGUCGGCUCCAACAGCUGAUGGAUCUAUGGGUCUCAGUUAUCGAGUCUCUCACAGAAGGCAGUGAAGAUAAAAACAAGGACUCUCUGGUGUACACGCCCCCAUCAGGCCCCUUUGAGGCAAGUGAAGGCCAAAGCGCCGGAGAAGCAAGGAGAGCCUCCCUUCAGAGCGCUGAUCCCGUGCACAAUGUCAACUUGAAGGACCUGGUCAAGUAUGCGGUCGGAGUGGUUAUACAGAAGUGCGGUGGCCCCGAGAGAUUCCAGGAGGAGUGGCUUGUGAACGUUGACAAGGAAGUCGUGGAGCAAUUUGGAAGACUAGGAGUUGUGUGAGUCGGGCAAAUUCGGUAUCGUAGUAAACGCUUGUUUCUAUUGCACAACCCUACAUUUGCAUCUAUUUUGCAAAGAAAAACAAGCUCAUACUAAGUGAUAGUGAGAAGCAACCGUUAAAAUCAGCAAUCAUAAACAGAAGAAUGUUGAUAACUUACGAUUGGAAGACCUUGUGAGGCGAUAAAUCAUCGUCGUACUAUGAGCACUUCAAGUCAUUAGAGCUACUGGUGUCGUCUGGCACUUUUGAUAUGUGGAGGUCAUAAGGCUUU